AUGUCAACCGAAAAUUCGAAAGUAGACACCGAUAAAGUGACUAAAGUUGUUGAAUGUCUUAACAAUUUCAAGAAUGAACGGUUGGCUGACAUAAAAGUGGAUAAGACCUUUCAAAAAGAAUGUACAAGAAAAGCAGGUGAUAUGAGCAAGUUUAAAAAAGUUGAUCUGACCAAGCUUGAAAUGCGCUUUGGGUGGACUCAAAAUAAAUGGUCGGCUGAUAUGAAAGCUCUCGGGGAAAAAUUGGAUAAGACCUUUCAUACAAAGUGCAUGGGAAAGGCGGGUGAUAUAAGUAAGUUUAAAAAAGUUGAUCUGACCAAGCACGAUUUAAAACAAAUGAUGAUUGAAUCUUGUGACGAGGCAUAUCAAAAAUGUUCGAGUGAGCUUGUAGAGUCGAGCAAAACAUUGCAAGAUGAGUUGAUUCAAAUUCACAAGUCCGUAGAUAAAAACGAACACAAGAAAUAUAAGAAAUGCACGUUGGAUGGUGGGGAUUAA